UAAAUGUCAAUAAUUUUUAUACAUAAUAAAUUUGCUUCUGAAAGUAAAUUUUUUUGUCAGCUGUACCCUAAAUUCAUUUCAUUUUGUAUUGAAAGAAAUAAUCCGAUCAAGAAGAUAUUGCUGCUUUCGCUAUCAUUAAGAUUGGAUAUGUAUAUUCCUCAGAGUUUUUAUAAAAGUACUGAAUUCCCAUACGUUUCAAUGGAAUAGAUUGGACAAUUAUUAUCGCUCAGAUAAUAUCAAUUCGAGUACCGAUAAGGAUAGUCAAUGCCCUACGUUAUUGUACGUGGAAAUUUAGCCGCGUACGGCCAGCGGUAUCCUUGGAGAGUUUUAGUUUCUGGAUUGAAAGCAGCAGAUAUUGAACAACUGAAGAGGUUUGCUUCAGGAGGAUAUUGUGACGAUUGUACUAUUGUUUAUAUGCACCACCCCUGCGUUAUUUUGUCAGCUUUGGAGGUCUUGGGAUACAAGGUGGUUGCUUCAUCUUCUACCUCAGUAAAGCAAGAUUACAACGAGUAUAUGUGGACUAUGAGAAAGGAGUUUUCGGAACCAGAACCUUGUGAAGACGUCACAACUAAAGAAGAGUGUUCGUAA